AUGUUAGCCUUGUUUGCCGUCUUUGAUCAUUUGUCAAAUGCUCGCAGAGUUCUAAAUCGAUAUCACUUUUUGUAUACAUCGUCAACUGCAACACCUCCUACAGCUCCAGUGCUCAAAGAAGAGUCAACAUCAAUCACAACACAAAUCAUUCCUACUCAACAAGUGACUAUCGAUAAAACAAAAAAUUAUAUUGUACACCGAAAUAAUGUGGCAAACAUAUCAUCGCCCUACAAUCAAACAUAUGAACAUAAUAUACUGCUAACUCCAAUCAUUUAUCACAUUAUAAUUCAACUAAAUGAUAAUAUUGUCGAAUUAUUUGAUUCCAAUCUACUAGAUGAUCUUCAUGAACAGCAUGAGUUAGCACGUGAGCUUGACGCAUGCUUAUUGGAAAUAAAAACAAUUGAAAAAGAUUUAUACAAAUUUAAACAACGUCAAUGUAUUUUGUACGAAUCAUUUAUUGAAUUUGUUGAUAAAAAGGAUAAAUUAAUUCAAUUGUUUAUUGAUUAUCAUUCGGAAUACUAUGGAGAUGAGUCGAAUACUAUAGAUGAGAUAGGUGAAUAUAUUGAACAAGCACAAAAAAGAAAGAAAAAGCGUCAAACUCUUCGGAGACAAUCGACUAUUUAUGAGUAUACAAUACCAGUAUCAAACAGAUUUGAAUUGUUGAGAAAACAAAGUUUAUUACAUACAUUAUCAAUUGAUUUUGAGCAAGAACAGUGA